AUGUGGAGGAAUUUGCAAAGUAUAUUCACGGUUUUGGUAUUUUGUUUAGGGUUGAGAAAUUGUGAGCUGCAAAGACAUAAUAGAAAAUUAGAAGAUGCGAGAACAAUCAAUGUGCCGUCAUCGAGCUUCUCUAAUAUUCAAGCAGCCAUUGAUUCUGUUCCUUCAAACAAUAGUAAUUGGAUCAUCAUUGAUAUCAAGGCCGGGAUUUACAAGGAGCAGGUGAAGAUCUCUGCAGACAGGCCAUUAAUUCAUCUAAAAGGAGAAGUUGGGAAAACGUCGAUAGUGUGGAAUGCAAGCGGCUCAAUAUUCGAUUCUGCAACUUUUGAUUCCCUCGCUCCUAAUAUUCUUGUCACAGGAAUUACUUUUGUGAACUCUUACAAUUAUCCAUUAAGCAACGGCGGAAAUCCGGCGAAGCCGGCGGUGGCGGCAAAGAUCUCAGGCGACAAAUCAGCUUUGUAUGAUUGUAGCUUUUUGGGGUAUCAAGAUACAUUGUACGAUUACGAUGGCCGCCAUUAUUUUAAGAAUUGCAACAUUACUGGAGCUGUUGAUUUUAUAUUUGGGAAUGGCCAAUCUAUUUAUGAGGAGUGCACCAUAUCAGUGGAUCGUGGUGCACAAGGCAACAAUUUUGUAGGUUACAUCACUGCCCAGGGAAGAGAAAAUCCAAAUGUUGGUAGUGGUUUUGUAUUCAAUAAUUGCAAUGUAAUUGGAAAUGCGAAGAUGUAUCUUGGAAGAGCUUGGAGGCCUUAUGCUAGAGUCAUAUUUUACAACUCAUUUCUCUCGGACAUCAUCGUUUCUCAAGGAUGGGAUUCUUGGUAUAAUGGUGGCGAUGAAGCUAAGUUAACUUUUGCUGAGGAACAAUGCCGUGGAUUAGGUUCGGAUAAGUCUAGCCGAGUGAAGUGGGAGAAAAGCCUUAGCCAAGAGGAGUUGCAGUCAUUUACUAGCAUCUCUUACAUUGACAAGGAAGGAUGGAUGUCCAAACUACCUUCUCAUUCUCAUUAGAACACCUCAUUGGACAUUUACUAGCCUCUCUUACAUUGACAAGAAAGGAUGGAUGUCCAAACUACCUUCUCAUUAGAACACAUCAUUGGACUUGCUUUGUGUUUUUGAUCAGUUUAAUUUAGUUUAGUUUUUUAAUUAGGAAUUUGUUGUUGAGGAUUGU